AUGUCCGGGACAACGAAAACCGGAAAAGCAAUGCUGAAAGCAUUGGAUAUGUUUAAGAAAAUAAAACAACGUGACGAUGAGGAUAUUUCGCAGGUGGCCGUGGUGGUAACCGACGGGCACUCACAGGACAAUCCAGCACCAGCAGCAGAUGCUUUACGAUCAGCUGGAGUGACCAUUAUAACACUGGGCAUCGGAGAUCAUAUCAAUCGUGAUGAAAUCGUUCGAAUCAGUGGCAAAGAUGAACUGGCAUUCCAAAAUCUUCACAAAAACGUGUCGCUCGAGCAUUUCGUAGCCGGCUUCAAAAAUCUAUCCGAAGGAGAGCAUUGUGAAUACGCUAGAGGUAAGACGUUCUUCAGCUUCAUUAUCACCCACAAGUUGCUUUCACCUUAUCUCGCCUACCUCGUUAAUGUGCCCGAAAAGUGA